AAUUAGAAAACAAAGACAAUAAGAAAUUUUCCUUUUUUUAAGGUGUCCUUAUGAUCAGGAAAGGGUGAAGGAAGCGUCUAUAUAAACAGAGUCCCUACUACUUAACCCUUUCACUGCCUCCCUCCCUCCCUCGCUCCUCAUUACUAUCUUCUUAUUGUUGUUUAAUAUAUUUUGUCCAGAGAGAUUUUGAUUCAUUGCCAAGAAAAAAAGUAAAAGAGAAGUCUACUUUUCGAAGAAGAUGGUGACCCAUGAUGAUGAUAACAAACGCAGCGCGGGAGAGAAGAGAUGUUUUGAUCUUUUUGCGACGUUGCUUCACGCUUACGGUGACGAUGAAAUAAGAGCUAGACGAAGUCAAGAAGAACAAGAGAGGAACAUGCUCAUGAUCCGCACCGUUAUUAAUGCUGCCACCAACACUUUCUUGCUAGGUAAGCGAAAGAUUGAUGAUCUUGAGUGCAAGAAUCAAGAAAACACUGCUUCUUCUUUUCCGAGUUUGGUAGAGUCCAAGAGGCGUCGUGUGGUGGUGUCCGAUGACGACGAACCCAUCAGAGCAGAACCUAUUAGAGAAAUCAAACCUCCGGUUAGAGAAAGAAAGGGACCGGUUAAAAGAAAGGCGCCGGUUAAAAGAAAGGAACUGGUUGGAAGAGAACCGGUGAAGACCCCGGGAUGGGUGUAUAAACUGAUGAGGAGUAACAAUGGUGAGGGGGAUGCGAAGAUGAUAUUUGAGAAGGCGUUGACAAAGACUGAUCUCGCACCAAACCAAGCACGUCUCUUGAUGCCUUUUCUCCAAAUAGCUGAUAAGAACUUCUUGACCGAGGCGGAGCGGAAGAUCCUUAAGGAACAUCAGGAAGCAAAAAAACAUGCUAAAAAGAAAGGAGUUGAUGAUGAUAAAAAACCAAAAGGAGUUGAUGUCAUCUUGUUGAACCGUAAUGGUAUUAAAUGGAACCUUAACAUGAGGAUAUGGGAGAUGAGGUCUAGUUCCAACUACGCCUUGUGUACUGGCUGGAAAGACCUCGUCCGCAAAAACGACCUCCAGAUAAACCAGACUAUCACCCUCUGGUCCUUCCACUCCCAUGAUGGCACUCUCUACUUUGCUUUCGAUCUCUCCACUCCAGCUCUGGUUCCAGUUAACCCUCCAGCUUCAUCCAUGGCUCUGGUUGCAAUCUCUGAGGAUCCGUUUGUGUGUGAAGAGGCAAACAGGAGACUCUUACCUAAAAUUCCAAGGAGUAGCAGAACUCCUUCAGUUUGUAUUGUUCCACCUCCAACAAGUGACUCCAGCAACCUCUACCUACUCGAGGGUGGUUUGGAUCUAAACAGAACACCGCCUCCAGAGGACACUAAGAUGGAUCAUGAUCUCGAGGAUGUACAAGAGACGCAUGUUUGGAGUACCUCACAGUAAUCCCUCACUGAGACCUCACUAGUAUCCUUCACAGGUACGACGACUCUGGACCUAGCCCACUCUCGCGCUUACCCUGUCACGCAAGUAUUCUUUUUUUAGGCAUUCAAAAUGAUUUUUAUUCCGUUGGUUUUUUUUGGUACACUAAUCUCGACUGCUGUAGCUUUCUUAAUGGUAUGAA